AUGUCGAACCAAAAAGAGUACAGGAUACAUAUAGGAAACAUCUCACCGAAACUCAAAGAAAAUAGUAACUUAUUAGAGCAACGAAUAAGCAAAUUUGAUCUUCAAGUGAUAUCACCAUUGGAAUUCCAUACCAAGCCAAUUGAAACCAAAUACUUUGCAUAUACUACUGUGCUUGGAACACCAGCUGAUUUCAACACAUUCAAAAGCUCUCUCAAUGGUAUCCAAUUCAUGGGAUUAAAAUUGUCCAUAGGAAUAGCUAAACCAUCGUUUCGAGAACGCUUCCACAACUUACUGAAGAAUAAAUCAGAACAGUUGCAGCAAGACGAGAUUAAACAAGCCAAAAUUGCACAGUCAAGACUUGAUAGAAUAACUGAGCUAAACACAAGUUAUCCUACUAAUCCUAUAACAUCAUCCAUUGUAACUGCACCAAAGCCAACAGUACACUCAGUGUCUCAACAUACAUUCAACAAUGCAUCGGCUACCACCAAGAACCCACCACCAUCACAUAGACUAGAUGGAUCCAAGUCCUAUGGUGCUACGCUUGACAGGUUGAACUUCAAAUAUCGUAAUGGAUCGGCACAUUCUCUAGUGAAAGGUGUCCAUCGUCGAAAUGCAAGAAAAGAUUUACGACUGCAAACAUUGCGAAUCUUGGUUAAUGGAGAGUUAAAGACAUUUAAGUUCUACAAGACAAAGCUAUGGGGUGUCGAAAAGAACAAAACAGUUAGAGAUUUGACUUGGAGAUACGAUGCCAAAAUGGGGUGGAAAAGUGGCGAUGAUCAUUUGAUUGAAGGUAUCACGAGAAACUCAUGUGGAAUUAAUGGUAAACAGGCAUCAAAGUAUGGUCAAGAUGCCGAAUCGCAUGCCCAACCAUCAGAUGGACAUAAAGACGCUGAUGAUGAUGCAGAUAACGAAGCUCGCAAGAACAAGGCGAUUUUAGCUUCAUUGAUGAGUAGUUACAAUUUCGAUAAGCCAGUGAAUAUUGAAGAAGACAAGGAUGUUGAUAUGGAUGAGAUUGAAGUUGACUCAAAGGGUAGAAAAAAAGUGAAGCAUUAUGAUUAUGAAGUUGAAGGAAAAGCUGGAGACGAAAAUGAUGAAGAGGAAGCAAGCAACCCGGUCGAAAAAAGUGAUGAUACAAUAGCACUUGCUUUAAAUAACGUAGAUUUGGUGAAACCUGUGAAAGAGGUGUAUUAUGAUGAAGAUGAUGAAGGUAAUGAGCUAGAUUUUGACAUGUUGAAGCCUACAGUUGUGGCGCAGGAAGAUGUUGGAGACGUUGCCAACGUCAAUGGACUACAAGAACAAAAGAACCUUGAUGCCAGUCUCGAUUUUAACCGUGAGGAAAAGCAUGAUGAUGACGAUGAAGAUGAAGAUGAUGAGUUCACUCCAUCUUUUGGAGCCCCUGCUUCAAACAAUACAGAAACACUUCGAUCUUUGUUCAAUCCAACAACAACAUCCGACACCCAAGCACAAUCGCAGUCACAACAACCUGCAUUCAAGCUAGCCCUAUCAGAUGAUGACCACGAUCUUGAUGAAUCCAAAUUGGCACAAGAUCAACUACAACAACAACAAGAACAGCAACAACUCUUGGCACAGAUUCAACAACGUAAACAAGAAGAAGUGGCACGUGUUUUACAACAACAACGACAAACCCAGUACGGUUUAUUUUGGCCACAUUUGGAAUCUCCCUUUUUAUCAACACAAUCACAAUUGUCCAAAAUUGAUAAUUUGGGAGAAUUUGGGUUUGCAUUGCCUCAGUUGAGCAAGGUUGCUGAAGGAAGUAGUGGUGGUGGUGCUGUUGAAAAAGAAGGCGAGACUGAAUAUGAGAAAUGGUUCUGGUCAGUGCGUGGUGAGUUUAGUCGUGAGUGUAAGAGGCGAAAGCGAGAUUUGAUGAGAAUCAUGCGUAAGAAGAGGAGCUAA